AUGCAGCUCUGGCUCAAGUCCACGUUGAUCAGUCAAAGUCAGACUCAAAACAAAACACAUUCAGACAGCGGGCAGAGAUCAGGGCGAGGACGUCAUCACAGAGGGGGGUCAUUCUGCAGCCGGCUCCUGGAGACCUUCAGGACUACCCAAGUCCUCCAUCAGCAGAAGGCCUUCAGUCCCAGGUCCUCCAUCAGCAGAAGGCCUUCAGACCCAGGUCCUCCAUCAGCAGAUGGCCUUCAGACCCAAGUCCUCCAUCAGCAGAAGGCCCUCAGACCCAGGUCCUCCAUCAGCAGAAGGCCUUCAGACCCAGGUCCUCCAUCAGCAGAAGGCCUUCAGACCCAGGUCCUCCAUCAGCAGAUGGCCUUCAGACCCAAGUCCUCCAUCAGCAGAAGGCCUUCAGACCCAGGUCCUCCAUCAGCAGAAGGCCCUCAGACCCAGGUCCUCCAUCAGCAGAAGGCCUUCAGACCCAAGUCCUCCAUCAGCAGAAGGCCUUCAGACCCAGGUCCUCCAUCAGCAGAAGGCCCUCAGACCCAGGUCCUCCAUCAGCAGAAGGCCUUCAGACCCAAGUCCUCCAUCAGCAGAAGGCCUUCAGACCCAGGUCCUCCAUCAGCAGAAGUCCUUCAGACCCAGGUCCUCCAUCAGCAGAAGGCCUUCAAACCCAAGUCCUCCAUCAGCAGAAGUCCUUCAGACCUAAGUCCUCCAUCAGCAGAAGGCCUUCAGACCCAGGUCCUCCAUCAGCAGAAAGCCUUCAGACCCAAGUCCUCCAUCAGCAGAAGGCCUUCAGACCCAGGUCCUCCAUCAGCAGAAGGCCUUCAGACCCAAGUCCUCCAUCAGCAGAAGGCCUUCAGACCCAGGUCCUCUAUCAGCAGAAGGCCUUCAGACCCAAGUCCUCCAUCUGCAGAAGGCCUUCAGACCCAAGUCCUCCAUCAGCAGAAGGCCUUCAGACCCAGGUCCUCCAUCAGCAGAAGGCCUUCAGACCCAGGUCCUCCAUCAGCAGAAGGGCCUCAGACCCAGGUCCUCCAUCAGCAGAAGGCCUUCAGACCCAAGUCCUCCAUCAGCAGAAGGCCUUCAGACCCAAGUCCUCCAUCAGCAGAAGGCCUUCAGACCCAGGUCUUUGAGAGGCAUGUGCGGUGGUUUUAUGUUUAA